CUUAUGGUUUGGGAAAGGAAAACCUCAUUUCCCUACAUUUCUUAGGCCUUUUUCAAUUUCCAUUCGAGAGCUUUAUCACAAAGGUGUUGGUCUGACAAAUAAUAUCACAAUUAAAGGUCUCUUCCUUGAAAUGUCGGUUGAUGCUCCAGCUCGUUGCAUGUGGCAGGCCAUAAAACAAUUUAAUGGUUACAAUGGCUGUGGGAAAUGUAAGGAGCCAGGAGAACAACUUGAUCUUGGAGCAGGUAAAGGCAAUAGAAGAAGAAGUUGUCACGUUUAUCCAUUCAACAAAGACUUUGCAGCUACAACUGGUCAUGUUGGUUUAAGAAGUCAUGAAGAAGUGAAAAGACAGGCCUGUCAAGCUCUAAGGGAGAGAAGAAGUGGGAAAAAGAAGGUUUCGGUUGAAGGAGUCGUUGGUCUUUCUUGGGGAUUUGGUCUUCCACAUUAUGAUGUUAUACUUGGCUCAGUGGUUGACUACAUGCAUUGCAUUUGUGAAGGCGUGGUUGAUCAACUUUUAUCACAGUGGCUUGAUAAGGGGAAUUCAAAGAAAUCGUUUUAUCUGGGUUCUAAGGUUCAGGAAAUCAGCAGGGAAUUGACUGGCAUAACUCCAACAUGUGAAAUUACACGCACUCCACGAAGUUUGGAGGAUAUUAAGGACUGGAAAGCAUCAGAGAAAAGGUCUUUUCUACUGUAUUAUUCUGUGCCUUUGUUGAGAGAGUACCUGCCUGCAGACCAUUUGUCCUUACUGAUGCUGUUGACUGGUGGCAUAUUUAGAUUACUGAAGCAGUCAAUUUCACAAGAAGAAGUAGAAGAAGCUCAUAAGUUUCUUAAGCUAUUUACAGCACAAUCUCCUGUAUUAUAUGAUAAACGGUUUCAAACCUUUAAUGUACAUCAGCUUUUGCAUCUGUCAGAUGAAGUAAAAAACCUUGGCCCUUUAUGGUCAAAUUCCUGCUUUCCAUUUGAAGAUUAUAAUGGUGAUCUGAGGGAGCUGUUCAAUGGCACAAAGAACAUUGAUGGACAGAUUAUAACAGGAGUCUCGAUAAUUCAGAAGCUGCCAGAGAUUGCAAGAAAAACUACAACCUGUCCAGAAGUUCGAGCUUUCUAUGAACAUCUUACAAGCAAACGUAACAACAUUCGGUCUGUGAGAGAGAGUAUUGCCCCUGGUGCAAAUAUUGUUGGAUCAUUAGAGCGGAUUUGGGGCAACUCCAAACUUCUAACUGAAGAACAACUUGCAGCACUGCCCAGAAAUUAUGGUAAAAUGUGGGCUUUCAAGCGGUGUCUUUUAAAUGGUGUGAUGCUCCACAGCAAGAGUUAUAAAAGAGUAACUGCCAGAAAUGAUUACACUGUUGAAUUUGAAUACCGAAAUCAACUUUGCUAUGGUUUGAUUCAAAUUUAUGUUAAAGUUGAAGAUAAGUGCCAUCGAGCUUUAUGCCAUGAACAACGUUGCGACUGUGAAUUGCCCACUUAUUACUAUGCCAUAGUAGAUCUUUUAGAGAAAGACAAUGAACAGCUGCCCAAGUACAAAGAGAUGACACUUGUCAACCACAUUGUUAAAGUAAAGGAAACAAACAGAGUAUUGGCCAUUCCAGUUCUUAACAUUGGGAAUAAAUUCAUCAAAGUGAAUGUUUCUUCAGGAAGUUAUAUAUCUUUCUUGCCAAACCCUUAUGAAAAAGAUUAAUUAUAGCUCCUACCUUGUGUACCAUAAUUGAAAGUAUAUAAAUAAUUAUUGAAAAUGCAAAUGUAUUCUUGACC